AUGUCUAACACUGGCAAUGGCACACUCUAUACCUAUCCAGGGAAUUUUCGUGCAUAUAAAGCACAAAUCGCUGCACAAUACAGUGGUGCACGGUUAACUGUUGCAUCUACUGAUAAAUUUAAAAUGAACGAAACAAACAAAUCCGAAGAAUAUUUGAAAAAAUUCCCAACUGGAAAAGUACCUGCCUAUGAAAACGAUGCCGGUGUACGUUUGUUUGAAUGCAAUGCCAUCGCCCAUUAUUUGUCAAAUCAACAAUUACGUGGCAAAACAUUAGAGGAACAAUCAUCUGUAAUACAAUGGAUUGAAUAUGCUGAAAGAGAAAUCAUACCAGUAUCAGCUACUCUAGUUUAUCCUUGUAUGGGUAUUAUGCAGUUUAAUAAAUUGAAUCAUGAACGAGCCAAAGAUGAACUUAAACAUAUUUUACAUCUAUUAAAUGAAUAUCUUCGUACAAGAACAUAUCUUGCUGGUGAACGUAUUACACUAGCUGAUAUUGUUGUUGCUUGCGAUUUAUUAUUAUUGUUUCAAUGGAUUGUUGAACCCGCUCAACGUACAUUGUAUCCAAACACAACAAGAUGGUUUCUGACUUUAAUUCAUCAGGAUGAAGUUAAAACAGUGAUUGGUGAUUAUAAACUAUGUGAAAAAAUGGCACAAUUUGAUCCAAAAAAAUUUGCUGAAGUAUCUGAACAUUCUCAACAGCAUUCUCAACAUCGUGACGAACAUCACCAAGAAUCCACAAAAGAUAAAAAAGGAGAUGAGAAAAAAUCACAACAACAAGCACAAGGUGAAAAACCAGCUAAACAAAAAGGAACAUCUAAACCGAAAGAUGAACAGGAACAUGGGGAUGAUCAAGGUGGAGAUGAAAUGGAUGACGUUUUAGCACAAGAACCGAAACAAAAAGAUCCAUUUGCUGAAAUGGCAAAGGGAACGUUUAAUAUGGACGAGUUUAAACGUGUUUAUUCAAAUGAAGAUACUGUUACAAAAGCCAUACCGCAUUUUUGGAGUCAUUUUGAUAAAGAAAAUUAUUCACUAUGGCAAUGUGAAUAUAAAUAUCCCGAAGAUCUUGGUCAAAUAUUUAUGACAUGCAAUCUUGUAGCAGGCAUGUUUCAACGUCUUGAAAAAUUACGCAAAAAUGCCUUUGCCAGUAUGUGCGUUUGGGGCAAAGAUAAAGACAAUACUAUUUCUGGUGUUUGGACAUGGCGAGGACAAGGACUGGCGUUUGAGUUAUCGCCUGAUUGGCAAACAGAUUAUGAAUCUUAUACGUGGACAAAAUUAAAUCCGGAUGAUGAAAAAACAAAAAAAAUGGUCGAACAGUUUUUUGCAUGGGAAGGUGAACAUAAAGGAAAAACGUUUAAUCAAGGAAAAAUUUUUAAAUAA